GUCGUCGUCGUCGUCGGCGUCGUCGGCGGCGGCGUCGGCGUCGGCGUGGCGGCGUCCUCGUCGGCGGCGUCGUCGUCGUCGCCCGCGCAGCUCGUGGCACAGUGGGAGGAGAUGCCUCUGCAGGGCGGCCCGGCCGUGGAGGUGGUUGCCCACAUACUCGAGCCCAGCGCCACGACCGCCGAGGAGGUGCGCAGGUCCAGCAUGUGCAAGUGGUUCCGCGACGGCGACCUCUGCGCCUGGGACGCCCGCCUCCUGGACCUGAACGCCCGUCACGUUGUGCGAGGUCGCCUGCCCCUGGCGAAGCUGCCGAGCCCGCUCUUCGAGGACCCGGAGGCCUUCUUGGCCGAUUUCGCCGCGGCGUUCGGCCGCGCCAGCGGGGCCACCGACGCGUCGGCCCGGUCGGGCCUGGACUCCAGGCCUAAAGAGAAUACAUAA